GCAAAUUCGUCAACAGAGGCCGCCAAAACACGGAAUUUAGUUCCCGCAAUUAAGAUCGAAAAUAAAACCACCUUUGUAAUGUUCGCCACGUCCACCGGCAGAUGGCGCCCAAAGCAUCGCCCUUAUGCGUAAUUACGACUCUCACCCAGGUAUCUAAUUUAAAAAAAAUAUAUUUCCAUAAGGGUAUUUUCGAAACACCCGCAUUGAUGGAAAUCGACUUUCACGGCGAAUUUCACUAGCAGCGUUUAGUUCGCCACAAGCUGCGAACAGAAAAUGUUUUAUUAACUACAAAGAAAUUAAAAUGGAUAAUUCGUCAAAUACCGGUGCCUCCAGAUUCGAGGUAAACAAUCGCCAGGCAAAAUUUUUGGGUCCAUUGCUCGGACUAUUCCUAGCGAAUUUCUUAUCGAACUCGGUACUGGCCAAAUUUUCCCCGCUAGGAUCGAUCCGGUUGCAAUACGACCCUUUGCCUCUCGUAAACCACCAGCCUUCGAUAAAUAUCUAUCAACCGACAGAGGGACCUACGUUUCAUCCCAUCACCCAGAGACCGGUGGAUUCCCACCAUAUAGAGUACGAACCGAUGGUAACUGAAGAACACAACCACUCUGGGAUUACCGUCACGAAUAUUCAUGAACCGGAGGACUAUAUAAUACCGGAAGAAUCGAAACUUGUCAAAACUCCGGUAAAAAGAGGAAUAUAUUAUAGAGACUCUGCGUCUUUUAGACGAAACCGAUAUUCAACUAGAAGAAGGUACACUACUCCCGAUUAUUUUGGAGAUGAUAGUUACGAAGAUUUUACCACGCGACGAUACAAACCGAGAAGAAGGAAUAACGGUAAACGCCCGCCCAAUUUCGAUGACGAAUAUUACGAUGAGUACGAGUACGACAAUAGAGUAAGAAAUAAGCUGAGACGCAACAGGAACAAAUAUAAAAAUAGGAGACAGCAGAUAGAUCCGGAUUACUAUAGCGAAGAAAAUUAUAGAGACGACGUAGAACGCAUCACUGUGCGGCCAAGGCAACAGGCACCUCCGACGACCACCAUGAACAACACGGAUGCCACCACUCCAAUGACUAAUAUCACUACCGGAGUGCCAGAAAACGGCACUAAUACUACAGCGACCCCUACAGGUUACGGUUACGGACCAUCGAACGGCAACGAAAACAUUAGCAUCACCUACGGGCCACCAUACGCCCAAAAACCGAUUUACGGCCCACCAAGCGCUAUAGCCGGUUCCCCCAUUAGUGAAUGGCGACCCAGCACACUUUACGGAUUUUCUAGCAGUGCCGGCGGAUUUUCCGGAUUGUAUGGAACACCCAGUGUGUCUUACCAAGCUCCGAGCACGUCGUAUGGUACCCCGGCGAGCAGUGGCAGCUAUGGACCACCUAGUACGUCUUACGGCACUCCGAUCUCGUCGUACGGUAAACCCAGUACUGGAUACGGCGCUCCCAGUACCACUUAUGGGUCACCUAGUGCCAGCUACGGAUCACCUAGCACUUCGUACGUUUCUUCCAGCGCUACAUAUGGCUCACCUAGCGUUAAUUACGCUUCUUCCGGAUUAACUGGGAUACCGAGCGGCAGCUACAGCAGCUAUCAGCUGCCGUACUCUAGCUGGUACGGCAAAGCGGCGUCGCAAAAUGAUAUCGCGAGACGAGCGCAGGAGAUAAUUGGUUUUGAUAGAUAGUGCUCCAGUCAUUAAGAAGUUUUACUGAGUUUUACGGGUGGAGGCAUUUGCAAAAUAUACGUCGUUGU